CCCCCGCGCCCGCCAUUGGUGCACGUCUGCCCUAGAGGACGCCCAUUGGCAGGCCCGGAAAUCAUUCUCUGUGAGCAUUCCACUGCCCUCAGGCUGGCGGAGAAACUUCCUUAUUAUUGUGACGCGGAAAAAACGGAGAAACCCCGAACCGGGUCAGAGGUGUGGUGACAGGCAAAAUCCCGAGCUGCAGAUCCGAGGCCGCGGAGCUCGCCAAGGUGAAGUCAAAUAGUUCUGGCUUCUAGUGCAAAUAUCAAGUGUGUAAUCAGUGGCUACAUGACUGCCUGAAGGAGAAGAACAAUGUUAUGCUGGGGAUAUUGGUCUCUGGGCCAGCCGGGUAUUGGCACCCACCUGCGAGGGAUUGUGGCCGAGCCACAGGCGUGUGGAUUUGUGUCGGACAGAAGCGUCAAGGAGGUGGCCUGUGGAGGUGACCACUGUGUGUUUCUGCUGGAGGAUGGGGAGGUUUACACAUGCGGUUUGAACACCAAGGGCCAGCUGGGCCAUGAGAGGGAAGGAAACCAGCCAGAACAAAUAGGAGCUUUGGCAGAUCAGCACAUUAUUCAUGUGGCAUGUGGCGAGUCCCACAGUCUGGCCCUUAGUGACCAGGGCCAGCUGUUUUCUUGGGGUGCAGGGAGUGAUGGUCAACUAGGACUCAUGACAACUGAGGAUUCUGUGGCAGUGCCCAGGCUGUUUAAAAGAAGAGAAACAUGGAGGUUGAUACAAAAGCUGAACCAGCAGACUAUAUUGCAAGUUUCCUGUGGCAACUGGCAUUGCUUGGCUCUUGCAACUGAUGGCCAAUUCUUCACUUGGGGAAAAAACAGCCAUGGGCAACUGGGCCUAGGAAAGGAGUUCCCCUCUCAAACCAGCCCUCAGAGGGUGAGGUCCCUGGAGGGGAUCCCGCUGGCUCAGGUGGCUGCAGGAGGCGCUCACAGCUUUGCCCUGUCUCUCUCAGGAGCUGUUUUUGGCUGGGGAAUGAAUAAUGCAGGGCAACUAGGGCUCAGUGAUGAAAAAGAUCGAGAGUCUCCAUGCCAUGUGAAACUCUUACGAACACAGAAGGUUGUAUACAUUAGUUGUGGAGAGGAGCACACAGCAGUCCUCACGAAGAGUGGAGGUGUGUUUACCUUCGGUGCUGGUUCCUGUGGGCAGCUGGGGCAUGAUUCCAUGAAUGAUGAGGUUAAUCCAAGAAGAGUGCUAGAGCUGAUGGGCAGUGAAGUGACUCAGAUCGCCUGUGGCAGACAGCACACCCUAGCCUUUGUGCCUUCUUCUGGACUCAUCUAUGCAUUCGGUUGUGGAGCUCGUGGUCAACUAGGAACUGGACACACUUGCAACGUUAAGUGCCCAUCUCCUGUGAAGGGUUAUUGGGCGGCACACAGUGGCCAGCUUUCGGCACGAGCUGAUCGCUUUAAAUAUCAUAUUGUUAAGCAGAUCUUCUCUGGAGGAGACCAAACUUUUGUACUUUGCUCAAAAUAUGAGAAUUCUUCUCCUGCUGUUGACUUCAGGACCGUGAACCAAGCACAUUAUACCAGCUUAAUAAAUGAUGAAACCAUAGCAAUUUGGAGACAGAAACUCUCAGAACACAACAAUGCAAAUACAAUCAAUGGUGUCGUUCAGAUAUUAUCUUCUGCAGCCUGUUGGAAUGGAAGUUUUCUUGAAAAAAAAAUUGAUGAACAUUUUAAAACAAGUCCCAAAAUCCCAGGAAUUGACUUGAACUCAACUAGGGUGUUAUUUGAGAAGUUAAUGAACUCUCAGCACUCCAUGAUUUUAGAACAGAUCUUAAACAGCUUUGAAAGUUGCCUAAUUCCACAGUUGUCAAGUUCACCUCCAGAUGUUGAAGCAAUGAGAAUCUAUUUAAUAUUACCUGAGUUUCCCCUGCUCCAGGAUUCCAAGUAUUACAUAACACUGACUAUUCCCUUGGCCAUGGCCAUUCUGCGACUGGAUACAAACCCUAGUAAAGUAUUAGAUAACUGGUGGUCUCAGGUAUGCCCCAAAUAUUUCAUGAAGCUGGUAAACCUCUAUAAAGGUGCAGUCCUUUAUCUACUGAGGGGAAGAAAGACAUUCUUAAUACCUGUACUGUUUAAUAAUUACAUUACAGCAGCUCUCAAGCUUUUGGAGAAGUUAUAUAAGGUAAAUCUUAAAGUGAAGCAUGUGGAAUAUGAUACAUUUUACAUUCCUGAGAUCUCUAGUCUUGUGGAUAUUCAGGAAGACUACCUCAUGUGGUUCUUGCAUCAAGCAGGGACGAAGGCUAGACCAUCUAUAAUACAGGAUGCUGUAACACUUUGUUCCUACCCUUUCAUCUUUGAUGCCCAAGCCAAGACCAAAAUGUUACAGACGGAUGCUGAACUACAGAUGCAGGUAGCAGUCAAUGGAGCCAACCUGCAGAAUGUUUUCAUGCUUCUCACCUUGGAGCCUCUGCUGGCCAGAAGCCCCUUCCUCGUCCUUCACGUUCGCAGGAGCAACCUUGUUGGAGAUGCGCUAAGAGAGCUGAGCAUUCAUUCUGACAUUGAUUUGAAAAAGCCUCUCAAAGUAAUUUUCGAUGGGGAAGAAGCAGUGGAUGCUGGUGGUGUCACAAAGGAAUUCUUUCUUUUACUGUUAAAAGAACUUCUGAAUCCCAUCUAUGGAAUGUUUACCUACUAUCAGGAUUCAAAUCUCUUGUGGUUUUCAGAUACAUGUUUUGUGGAGCAUAACUGGUUUCAUUUGAUCGGCAUCACUUGUGGACUGGCAAUCUACAAUUCCACUGUGGUUGAUCUCCACUUCCCGUUGGCUCUCUACAAGAAGUUACUGAAUGUAAAACCUGGCUUGGAAGAUUUAAAGGAACUGUCACCCACUGAAGGAAGGAGUCUUCAAGAACUUUUAGAUUAUCCUGGAGAAGACGUCGAGGAGACUUUCUGCCUCAACUUCACGAUCUGCCGAGAAAGCUAUGGCAUAAUCGAACAGAAGAAGCUGAUUCCUGGUGGAGACAAGGUGACCGUGUGCAGAGAUAACAGGCAGGAAUUUGUGGAUGCUUACGUGAAUUAUGUCUUCCAAAUCUCAGUUCAUGAAUGGUACACAGCCUUUGCCAGUGGCUUCCUGAAGGUGUGCGGUGGCAAAGUACUCGAGCUCUUCCAGCCUUCAGAACUAAGGGCCAUGAUGGUGGGGAACAGCAACUACAACUGGGAAGAGCUAGAAGCGACUGCCAUCUACAAGGGUGAUUAUUCAGCCUCGCAUCCCACUGUGAAACUAUUCUGGGAAACAUUUCAUGAGUUUCCACUGGAAAAGAAAAAGAAAUUCCUCUUGUUUCUGACUGGCAGCGACCGGAUCCCCAUCUACGGCAUGGCCAGCCUGCAGAUCGUCAUCCAGUCCACAGCCAGCGGGGAGGAGUAUCUGCCCGUGGCUCACACUUGCUACAACCUUCUUGACCUCCCCAAGUACAGCAGCAAAGAAAUUCUGAGUGCCCGGCUGAGCCAGGCCCUCGACAACUAUGAGGGUUUCAGUUUGGCCUGAGGCCCUCUAGCUUGUCCCACGUGUCCCUUCCUCCCUCAGUGUCCACAGUGAGGCCUGUAAAGAAAACCCCAGGGAGUGAUUUCUAUUUUUCUAUUGUCUAAGUGGGUUGGGGCCUUUGAAUCCUGAACCUGGCUGAGGUGUUUCUGGGGUUGUAAGUAGUUAACAGCCUUUUUGGGAAUCAGGUGUUGGGGAUAGGAUGAAUAUCGGCUCUGGUUUGGGAAAUGGUUUUUAAUUUGGUUUUUGUUUUAGACCAACUACCCAGUGUUUGUCACACUUGUGACUUGUUGCUCUCUGCUAGAUAAAAUGGCAGUAGGUUUUACACUUUCAUUUCCCAGGUGUCUGCUCACCCGGCGUUUCCCCACAGUGCUCUCUUGUCAUCUCUUGACUUCUCGUUCCUCUACCCGAGUGACCCUGUCUACCCCUCUCACCCGCGCAGGCAGAGCCCCUCCUUUCUCAGCAGCCUUGGAACUGCCUGGCCUCCCGAAGUCCUACAGUAGCCAGACGGAGGAAGGGUCUGCUUCAGAAGCCUGCAGUUCCAGAAAGCUGAGCUGGGGCAGAGCCCUGGAGAGUUUCCUGGAGACUGUGUUUUUAGCCAGGUACGGAGGCGCGGGCCAGGAUAAUCUCAAGCUGCUUCUCAGGCUGUGUGGGAAGCGGAGGCAGGUGAAUCACAUUAGGCCAGUCAGUGCAACUUGGUGAGAUUUUGUCAUGAAAUUUUUAAAAAGCGCUGGAUAUGGAGCUCAGGGGUAGAGCACUUGCCAAGCAUGUGCAGGACUCUGGGUCCCACACCAGUACGGAAAAAAAAUAACUCCCAAGGGAAUGGCAGCCUCUCCCGGGGGUGCUCACUCCUCCUCAGAAGACUUCAGAACAGCUCAGGGUUGUACUUGAACCAAUGUUUUGCUGCUCAGCCAUGUCCCUGACAGAUUGAUAGGCCUCUCACCUGCUCUGUUACCUCUUUUUUGGAGCAAGUUACAUAAAAUUUUUAAAGAAUCUCUAUUUUUCCCAAGAAAAGUAGAAGGAAUAUGUUUCUUCUCCCUGUGUCACUUUGUGUCCUCUACCCUCUUCUUGUCCCUUGUCUCCUGUGUCCCCCCUCACCUUCCUGCCCUUACCGUCCCUCUCUGUCCUGUCCUUUUUACUUAAUCACUUGUCUUCUCUGCUAGAUGCAUGAUGUUUUUUAAAUUUUUAUUUCAAUUACAGAAUUUUGACUUAGAUUAUUUUCUUUUUCCCUAAUUAUUAAGACCUGUGGACUUUCUCUGUCAUGAAAUUUUUGUUUAUCAUACAUUUGAAAUGUUUGUUUACAGUGGGAUUGCAAGGGGAAUUGUGUUUAAAUUAAAUAUGGGUAUUUCAAAAAUGACAUGUUCAAUGCUCUUCAUCAUGGGAUAAGAAAAUUCUACAAGAUUAAGGAAUCUAUGUAAGCCUGAUUUUAAAUUCCUAGUUCUAGAGAAAAGAUUUAUUUAUAUAAAAUGAAGUAUUUAUGGACUGUGAUACAGUGUCAAAUCUCAAUGAAGGACUGUAGAUUUUUUGCUUUUUCUUUUUAAAACUUAUUCCAGUUGCUAAAUUGGUAGUUUUUCAGCCUUUAUAAAUACAAGAUUUAAAAAGAUACACUGUUAUAUGAAAUGUUUAUUUUAUAUGUGUGUGCAUAUAGAUCAAUAUUAUGCAAUAAAUUUGGUGUUUUAACUUAAA